CCUAAUCGAGCUCCAUAGCUAGCUAGCAAGAAUAAUCCUUCACUCCUGCUGUCCACCUGCUCCUCCCCCUGCUCCUCCUCCUCCUCCUCCUCCACCCCACCACUACCAGCACCACCACCGUCACCACCAUGCAAGCCUCUCAACCUCCUCGUCCUUCCCAUGCAAUAUACUGGCGAGAUGAUGACAUGCCACAAGCAUGCAAAGACUUGGUAUCCUCUCUCCCUUCUGAAGAAGAUUGGAUCGCAACUUCUCUCUGCUUGUACCAGGGCUUCUGGUUCCCCACUUGGCUCUUCAAAGGCGUCCUCGCUUGCCAAAACCACUUCCAAGCUCAACCCUCUGACAUCCUCCUCGUCACCAAACUGAAAUCCGGCACCACCUGGCUAAAGGCCAUCCUCUUUGCUCUCUUGAACCGUGCCAAGUACUCUGACUCUGACUCACAACGACGCCACCCUCUCCUAACCCAAAACCCCCACGAUCUUGUGCCCUUCUUGGAGCUCAAGCUCUAUCUUGAGCAAGAAAAUCCCAAUCUCACUGCUUUCGAGUCCCCGAGGCUCUUCGCCACCCACUUGCCCUAUUCCUCACUUCCAGGGUCGGUGAGGGACUCCAGGUGCAAGCUAGUUUACCUGUGUAGGAACCCUAAGGACAUGUUCAUCUCGCUGUGGCACUUCGUCAACAAGCUGAGGCCCGAAGGGAAGGGCCAGACUCCGCUCCCAAAGUGCCUUGACAAGUUCUGUCAAGGACUGAGCCCCUACGGGCCUUACUGGGACCAUGUGCUGGGUUUCCACAAGGCGAGCUUGGAGAUGCCUGAGCUGGUGUUUUUCUUGAUGUACGAGGAGAUGAAAGAGGACCCGCGUGUUCAUGUGAGUAGGUUGGCUGAUUUCUUGGGGUGUCCAUUCAGAGAUGAAGAACUGAGAGACGGGACUGUGGAUGGAAUACUGAGGAUGUGUAGUUUCGACAAUUUGAGCUCAUUGGAGGUGAAUAAGAGCGGAAAGCUGUGGACUGGACAAGAGAACAAGUGGUUCUUCAGGAGAGGGGAGGUUGGAGAUUGGGUGAAUUAUCUGAGUGCUGAGAUGGCCGACAGGAUUGACCAAGUAAUGGACGAGAAGUUGCACGAUUCUGGGUUGAAGUUUCAGUACAAAUAACACACGCAUUCAAUAAUUUGCAUGUGUUAUGUGUAAGCUUUGAAGAUGUUUGGUUUGACGGUGGAGGAAAAAACGUACAAAAUAUUUAAAAAAUGAAGAAUAAAGAAAUGUUCCGUUCGCACUUUAGGGAGGUCAAUAUCUGGUUGGCCAGUGAAAGUGUGUUUCUCGAGCUAAAAAAAUAAAAGAUUUUCAGUGGCAUUGUCAAUCGUGGCUUCGUUUCCAUACGGAGAUGCUUCGGGGUUGUGAUUCUAGUCUUUCAUUUGUGUUGUACUACUGGUCCUCGCAGAUGUUAUUUGGCCAACACGUAGUUGGCUAAUAAAAAGCUGCGUUCCUUCUUGCGGAGA